AUGUCUUCUAUAACUUUUGCUAUGACAUGUGUGUACAACUGUAUAAAUUCGUCUACAUAUGUAUGUAAAUUGGUCACUUGCAACGGCGAAUUGACAACAUCUGUAAACUCUAUGUUCCCUCGAAUAAUUGCCAUCGCGUGUUUUGUCUCUGAAAUUUCGAUUAUGAUCAAAAAUUUAACAGAUUUUCCCAAAUAUAAUCAUAAGAUCAAAGAGUAUGAACUAUAUUUUCCGACAAAUGUUUCACAAAAAUCAACUCGGAAGACUUUUAUUAUAUUUAUUGGAUUCGCAUAUAUCAGUAUCAUACUGCCAUUAAAUAUAGUAAGGCUUUAUUUAAUUCAUUAUAACAAGCACCGAAUUGAGAUCUUAAUUUUUUUUACAAUGAUGUACGUACAAAAUUGGAGAAUUUGCCUGAAAGAAGUUGGUUUUAUAUCUCGUUGUUUUGGGUUGUAUCAAAAAUUUCAAAUUAUCAAUGAAGAGUUGAUCGUGUUGAAGGCAGAGACUAUAUCUAAAAACAAAUAUCCGACCGUGUUGCGAAAUGAAGUACACUGCAGUGCCAUUAUUAAUAAUCCACGAUUUCAUACGUUAGCCAACAGCAUCGAAUUACUUAGAAUGAAGCACCAGUUCGUCAGACGUGCUCUACGAGACCUUAAUAAGUUGUACGACACUCAACUAGGGUCGUCUUUGGUUUUCUUGUUCAUUAUGAUUUUAUUCGAUAUUAACGGGGAAGUAAACGCUAAGGAUACCAUGACGAGAUCUAAAAUAUUUAUCUAUGGAUGGAUACUGCAAUACACGUUCAGAUGUUUUUCAAUCAUAAUCACAUCACAUUUCACCACAAAACAAGCUUACAAUACAAAAAUGCUUUUGGCUGAUAUAAAUAAUCGAUAUUUAGAUAAAACCACAAAGGAAGAGUUUUAUCCUGUAGAAGAAUGA